UGCGAAUCUGGAGCCUUUUCGUCCCCUUGGGCUUUCCGUAGUCUGGAAAGCAGGCGCGCUACGCUGCUGCAAAUCCGCUCCAGUGUGGGAAGUUUAUCCCUCCACGGGGGAAGUUUGUGCUGUGCAUAUAUUAAAACCAUGGCUCUCAACUACCAAGCGUCAACACUUUCUCUAACUUUACCGAUUUCGUGUCAGAUAUGUCUCGGCAAGGUCAAGCAGCCGGUCAUUUGUGCGAACCACCACGUGUUCUGCUCGUCCUGCAUAGAGAUGUGGCUACAGAAAGCCAGCCAGUGUCCCACCUGCAGAGUCCCCAUCACAGCAGAGAACCCCUGCAGGGAGAUCAUCGGAGGAACAAAUGAAGGUGACCACAGCGACAGUCCUUCGAUGAGAAAAUGUCUUCGAAAAACCAGAGGAGAGCUGCUUUUACGGGAGUACGAGGAGGAAAUCGAGGGGCUGAUGAGAGAAAACGAGGAGCUGAAGACAAAGAAUCAAAGCCUGGAGGCACAGCUGAGGACGGCUCUGGAUCCCUGCAGCAUUACGACGGUGCAAGCAGAGGACCACAGAGUUCACCCGUUCGUUCUGGAAGAGUGGACCAACAAGCUGCGAGCUGCCACAGACGUUUGCGAUAAAAUAAAACAGGAUAUGAAUAAGAUGAAAGAGGCAAACAAAGCACUGCGAUCGCAAAACGUCGACCUGCUACAAGAGAAUAUGAGAUUGAAAGCAGAGGUGGCGAGCAGAUCUCCUCAGAAGUUUGGCCGAUAUACCGUGGCAGCUCUGGAAGCUAAAAUCCAGCAGUAUGAGCGUGAUGUUGACCACCUGAAGAGGGCUCUGGAGCGCAGCGACCAGUACGUCGAUGAACUGGAGUCUCGGGUCAGAAAGUUCGACAAGAUUCGUCUUGAGGUGCAGGAAGCGUGCGGCGAUAGCAAGGCCGCGACGGACACUCUCACACAGCAGCAGAAAAUCAGCAUGAUGAUGAGAAGCUUGAGCGACAAUGAGAGGGAGUCGAUCUGCAGCAAUCCAGAGGCAGAAUGUCGGACGCUCAAUCGAAACCACAGCCUGACGUUUGUGCCGUCCGUGGAUCACAAAGAGUCUAUCAAGAAUCUGACUGGAGAUCAGAAAAAGGGGGACUCAGAAAGCACCUCCUCAGACUUUGUGCCCACUACUCCGUCCUCUGCUUUCCGCUCCCUGACUCUGAGAAGCCCCGGCAUCCGAGAAAAGAAAGUGGCGUUUAAACCUGUGUCUUAUCUGAGGAAGCUCGAUUUUGAAGACUGUCCCAUUCCCGAUAAGAGUGGCACCACUGUGGGGAACCAGUUCAGCAGCCUAGAGAAGUUCCCCCAAGCUUUGCCUCUAAAUGAUGUAGAACCUUCAAAGUCUGACUUCUGGGGUGGUUGGCAGAGAUCCAACUCAAAUGACCAGUCAUACCCUGGUCCAAGCACAGAAAGCCCAGUUAAGGGAACCUUAACUGGGAAAUCUGAUAGUUUCCAGAUGUCCAGUGAGGCGUCCAUGGAUGCAGCUUACCUGGACAAAAUCUCAGAGUUGGACUCCAUGAUGCUGGACGGAGAGAGUUCCAGUAGCCGGGGAUCUCAGCUCUCGUUGGCUUCCUCCGUUGCUACAGACUUGGACAGCACUCUAGUCCCAGAACCCCAAUCCCGUCCCGACGUCUUAUCAAGCCAUUGCGGCAAACCUGCAACACAAUACGAGCACAAAAGCCACCAAGUACAAGACAACGUGGAUGGCACCUUGAACGACAAAGAAGCUCCAAAAUGCCCUGCAGAGGAGGCGUCCGGUGUGGAGAGUGGCGCCCAUGUCCGUGGCUGUGCCGGGCGUGGAGAGACCUCUCAAACCGAAGAGCUGUCUUUUGAUUUGCUUUUCGAUUCUCUGGACGAGAUUAAGGCCGGUCCCUCUGGCUCUCUCAGUCCAGCAAGACAAGACCACGAUGUCGUAAACACCUCCUCUUCCUCGUCAGGCUCCACCGGCAGUAAGCCUGUGAACACAACAAAAGACAGACACACACUGAACAGCAGCCAGCCAAUAAAGAGAAAGUCUCACAGUCCUUUCAACACGAGCAGUCCCACGAAACUCUCAAAGCUCAUGUGAAGGUUUCCAAAAAAAUAACAAAACGUAUGUGCUGUUCACUGUGGUGUGUUUUGGUCAGGCUUCAGGGCUGUAUUCAGCAGGAAACAUUAUUAUCUGAAUAUGUGAUGUUAGGGAGUAACUUAUUGUCUUUAGGACAGGAUGGUUGAUGGACUUGUCCUAUCUACCUGUAGGUUUCAGUGUCAGUUAAGUAGCUCUGUCUGUCGUAAUCACACAACAGACACAUUCGGUGCCAAGACAUUAUUUAAAUAUACUUUAAAGCUGUUCAGCAGACGUGGUAUUGAUGGUAAUCUUUUUAUGAAGACACGCAAUACUGUAGGCAGACGAAUGCAGCCAUGAUAGAUGGUGAUAUUCUGAAUGCAAAUGGCCAUGUGUGUUAGAAAUAAUAAAAAAAAGUAAUGCAUUGAGAA